AUGAGUCAGAAUGUGAAAUCAGGGGGGCAUGGCUUGGCGCCGAACGACAAUGGUGGCGUAAUCCCCGCGCUCCGAGCCCUGCCGACAAAAUCCGCAUACACCAGCACACCCAGAGACCUAAUGGGCCGCACAAAGCGAUCAACAAUGACCCCUACCACACCGAGGAUGCAAGGUGAGGGUCCGUCUGCCUCCAUCCACAGCUACCUGCACACGCCGGGGCUCCUCGCCUCACACCACGAGGCAUCCAACAUGGCGCCCUCCUCACCAGGAUCAACUGUCUCCGAGGACAGCCUGCUCACUGCCGCCGGUCCCCGAGAUCAGGGGAAUCCCACACCGGAUUGGUAUGCACUGUUCACCUCCCUGCCAAAAAAAGAAGACCUCCAAUCAAUAGUGCAGGAGGUUAAAACAACCCUCAGAACAGAGAUCGCCUCCUUGAGCACUUCCUUGCAGGAUUUGGAGGGAAGAGUGACAGCGCUGGAAAAUGCAGGCCCCACAAUGCAGGUACAUCACCCCAAUCACUCCUAUGACAGGCAACUCACUGACCUGUAGCCCAUGUAGAAGAUCUAUACAACAGGAGCCGCAAGAACAAUAUUAGAAUACGAGGACUCCGAGAACCCAUAGGCCCAGAAAACCUAAGGGAGAUACUGAUCCCACUGUUUAAUCUGACACUGCACAGACCCCCAGAAGCUCGUCUGUAUAUAGAUAGGGUACACCGUGCCCUCCGCCCAAAGCCACCACCAUUAGCCCCAUCGCAAGAUGUCAUCUGCUACAUUCAAGACACUCAGCUAAAGGAAGAUAUCAUGAAAGAAGCAAGGAGGGAAAGAUCCUGGCGGUACAAGGGCCAAACUGUGGAGUUGUACAACGACCUCUCCCAUCUCACCCUACAAACUCGCAGGGCCCUCCGCCCUAUCACCACACUACUCCAGGGCGACCAGAUAAGGUACCGGUGGCACUUCCUGUUCACGCUCACGGCACGCAAUGACAACAUAGAAGCCUCAAUCCGGCUUCCAGCGGACGUUCCCAUCUUACUAAACACCUUGAGACUGCCGGCCACCCCGGUAAUGGACUGGACUGAUUGCACCCUCAAUGAAAGAUAUCUGGGCAGACCGGUGGCCCUUGUGUUGGGAGCGGACGGGCUGGUCGGGGAUACAGUACCACCCCACCAGGGCUCCCAUGAAGAGUAA